UCAUAAAUUGCGUCAUUUGGAGAAGAUUCCGCGCCAGCGGAAAAUUUCGCCAUUGGACUACAACACCAUGUAUCAGAAACACAGGUAUAGUUGUACAUAGGAUACAUGAUAGCUUUUCUCGCGAUACUUUUGGUUCAUUUAUAGAUCUGCGGUUUUGCAUUGUUUGUUUCUACCGUUCGAGGUGGUGUUCUUUUCCUACAGCGCUUGUCCAGCUACAGUAAGUACUUCGGUAUUAUACGUGGAUCCACCCCGGCAUUUGGAUGCGCGAGAUCUAAACAACCAGCGGAUCAUUAUUUUCAUUGAAUAGAUAAAGAGCCAGAGAUAUACUAUACCACAGAAUGGUCCAGAACGGCAAUUCAAGAAAUUUCCCGGCCAAUGGCCACACCGACACCAAUGCUGUCGUCAAUAAUGGGGAAGAGAACCAUGUGCAAGUCAACGGCAACAAGGCUGUCCACACAAACGGUUCUACCGCCGCCACCGCACCAUCACGGGCUCAAGAGCUACAGUCUCUCCUAUCAGCCGUGAUUGAGCAACUAAUCCCCUUUAUCGAGGCAGCCGACUCCGAGACCCGGGCCCACGAGAACCACAAAGCCAUAACCAAGUCUGCCCUGGUGGACCUCCACCCAGCAUGGGAACUUCGCACAAUCCUGACGGACACCAAGACCCUCUCGCUCCCGGAGCAAGGCCUAGGUCAAUCAGGACUUAUCUCGACAUUGUGCUCAAUCCUCCAAUACAGCGUGAACACAUCAUGUCCGGGGUUUCUCGACAAGUUAUAUGCGGCCCCCGUACCUCCGGGGAUCGCCGCAGACGUGGUUCUCAGCAUCCUCAACACCAAUCUCCACGUCUAUCAAGUAUCGCCAGCAUUAUCAUUGAUCGAAACGCACGUCACGCGCGCACUAGCCAAUCUAUUUGGAUUCACGGGUCCACGCGCCGGCGGGAUCAACGUCCAAGGCGGCAGCGCAAGCAACAUGACCAGCAUCGUGAUUGCGCGCAACACCUUAUUCCCGGAAACCAAGACGUUGGGAAACUCUGCCAACGGUCGCUCGUUGGUCCUGUUCACGUCCGAACACGGGCAUUAUAGUAUCGAAAAGGCGGCUCAGCAAUGUGGCUUCGGCAGUGCCAGUGUAAUUUCCGUGCCGGUCGACGCUUUCACGGGCGAAAUGGACCCCGUGGCAUUGGAAGAUUUGAUCGUCCAGGCGCAACGAGACGGCAAAACUCCAUUCUAUGUCAAUGCCACGGCGGGGACGACCGUUUUGGGCUCCUUCGAUCCGUUCCCCGCCAUUGCAGCUGUGGCGAGAAAAUAUGGUCUUUGGAUGCACGUCGAUGGUGCCUGGGGUGGCAGUUUUGUGUUUGGUGGUGAUGAACUUCGUCAACGGGCUCUAAGGGGUGUGGAACUGGCUGAUAGUAUCGCUAUGAAUCCGCACAAGAUGCUCGGUGUGCCUGUGACGUGUAGUUUCUUGUUGCUCAGGGAUUUGAGACAUGCUCAUCGGGCGAAUACGCUGAGGGCCGGGUAUUUGUUUCAUGACAGAGAUGAUGAUGACGAGGAUGAUGACGACGAGGACGUUGAUGGCCAAGAAGUUGACGCCGACGGCCAGAGCCAGAUUGUUCAAGACGGUGGAUACAAUCCCGAAUUACAAUCCAACGGUGUCAAUGGUCAAGAUGAAGACGACGACAACGACACCUGGACAACGCCCGAAGAUCUAGCCGACCUAACACUCCAAUGCGGCCGACGCGGCGACAGCCUGAAAUUCUUCUUCGCAUGGCAAUACUACGGCACAUCCGGGUAUCGAUCCAAAAUCGAACACGCCUAUUCGGUCGCCUGUCACUUUGCAAAUCUGAUUGAGCAGGAUCCAGAUUUGACUCUAGUCAGCACGAAUCCGCCGCCGUGUCUCCAGGUGUGUUUCUACUUUGCCCCCGGCGGCAAGCUGGUCUACGAGUACGAUGACAACACCAGCAACGACCAAGAAAAGAAGUUUGAUGCAAAUGCAAAACAAGUCAAGAAGCUCAAGGCCAAGGUCAAAACUGGCAAGCGCAAUUCAGCACUCACCAGUAAGAUCAGCCAGUUGUUGAUAUCACGAGGGUUCCUCGUCGAUUUUGCCCCUGCCUUGAGCCACGAGGUCGAAAAGGGGUCGUUUUUCCGUGCUGUUGUCAACAUUUCUACUACAAAAGCCACGGUGGAAAGACUGGUCGAGGAAGUCAAAGUCGCGGGGCGGGCGAUUUUGCAGAAUAUAUAAGAAAGACGGAACUAUAGACUUGGACAUACAUAUACGUGUACAUAAAGAUCACGGGCAGCAGGCUGGCCGGUACGUUAUAUAAAAUCUAUCUUUGGCGGGUCGACAACUAGUACAGUGUACGGUUUGGCAAAGAGCUACUGCAUAUACAGUAAUAAACACAUAUAUACACGUGAAUAUAUAUAUACAUUUUCUACCUCUCA